UCUGCCUCUGCCUCCCUCCUUCCCUCCCUCGCUUCCUCCCUUAAAACUCCCUUAAACCCUUCUCUUUGAUCUUGUUCUUUCUUUUUCUGUGACUGAUUUCAAUGGAAGGUGGUAGUGGAGGAGGAGUGUGUACAAGUGGGUCGAUGUCCACUGUGUCCAAAGAGGACAACUUGAUGGUCUCCACUGAGGUUUCUUCAUACCCAGAUGAAGCAGAGCUUGAGUUGGGCCUUGGAUUGAGCCUUGGUGGUGGUGGUGGUGGUGGUGGUGUCAAGCCUCAAGAACAGGGGUGGGCUCAGUAUGGAAGGAUCUUGACUGCUAAGGACUUUCCUUCUACAGUUUCAUCUUCAUCUUCAUCAUCUUCUUCACUGAGCAGAGCUAAUAGAACAACAGUUGGUACCAAGAGAAGAGCUGAUUCCGUGGCAGCUUCCAAUAAUGGCAGCAGUCAGGUUGUGGGAUGGCCCCCUAUCAGAGCUUAUAGGAUGAACAGCUUAGCCAACCAGUCAAAAUCACCAGUCACUGAAGACUUGAAUUCAAUGGUUGAGAAAAGUAAAAGUACAAACACGAUGGUAGAGAACACUUAUAACGGAAGCAACAACACCAAUGGUUAUGCUAAGAAGAAAGGGCCCCUCAAUACUUCGUUCUUUGUGAAAGUGAAUAUGGAUGGAAUUCCAAUUGGAAGGAAGGUUGAUCUGAGUGCUCAUAGUUGCUACGAGACAUUAGCAAAAACAUUGGAGGAGAUGUUUCAGGGACCAACCACAACAGUCAAUGCAAUAGGGUCUAGCAAUGAGAAUUAUGAUGCAAUGACAGAAUCAACAAGACCCUCAAAAUUACUGGAUGGUUCAUCUGACUUUGUGCUCACCUAUGAAGACAAGGAGGGAGACUGGAUGCUGGUUGGAGAUGUUCCUUGGGGGAUGUUCCUGGGCUCUGCGAGGAGGCUCAGAAUCAUGAGGACAUCUGAUGCUAAUGGACUUGCUCCAAGGAUCCAAGAAAGAAAUGGGAGACAAAGAAGCAUGCGAAUCUAAAUCUUAUUUUUGUUGAUCAUCUUCUGGAAAAGGAAAACUACCCAUGGCUCGAAAAGUAAAAUAUAAGGAAAGAAACACAUAAUUAGUCAAGGCACUUUGCCAAGAAAUGAAUGCUGAUCGUCCACAGCCCGUCUGUAUGUUUUGGUUUCUGCAUUUACUUUUAUUCUUUUGCGUACUGUUGUAUUCACCCAUUGUUGGGUAAUUAUAGCCUUUAUUUUUGUUUCAUUGAAAGGCAUAAAAAUCUCAGUAUUCAGUGUCAUAUACACAGUGCAUACUUGAAUGGUGUGCUACUAUGCAAUGUGUAAAUAGAUGGGAGUGCUAAAUCACUGGUGUCUGGAGUUUGGCGCACCCAAAUAUGGAAAUCAUAUUUUCUUUUGUAAUGGAAAAGAAAGUUCGAGUGGUUUUUAUACCUUCA